UCCACGGAGUGCGCGCAGUACUGGGAGAAUUACUUUCUCGACGCAAGGUUUGUUUCUUUGCUGCAUAACGUCGAAUUUGAAAUGUCUUUAUUACCUAUCUCUUAGUGUCUAAAGCGUGUUUAUUUUUUGCGUUCUAAAAAAUCAUGGAUAACACAUAUGGGAACAACGAAAACGCAUUAAAAAGACAGAUCUAUACUUCAGACAUUACACACUAAUAAUUUGGUGAACUGGUUCAGUGCACCGUCCUCCUCAGUGCAAAACGUCUUGCACGGAUGUCCCGUUUCACGAACUCUAAUAGCUGUACGGCAGAAUCAGUGCAAAAAGACUCGUUACAGGAGAUCAGGGUGGAUGACCCGGUGAAGGAACUUUCGGAGUGGAUCGCGGUAAGGAGAGCAUUUCGGGAGACGCUCGACAGCAUGGGGGAUCUGCACAAAUGGACGCGCGACAAGCCAACUCUGACCGACAUCGAGAUGUUGGUUAUGGAACGAACUGAAGUGUCUAAGCUGCAUGUGUGUCCUGCUCAGGCGAUGGAGUCUACUGUUUCUUCCACACUGUGGGGCAUUUCACAUGAAGAGCUGUUGGCUGAUAUGCAGAAUGUGCAGGUGGGGGGCAUAGCGCAGAGCCUUCACUCCCCCCCAUCCACCUUGGGAUGGCACAGCGGGAGGUCAGUGGACAAAAACCCCCAGCAGUCCCUGGGAGAGUCACGUGAUUGUCAGGCUGGGGGAGUCUUGGCCAAUGAGGCUGCUUGGGAGAGAGUACUCCUGUACCCUGGGGAACAUGUGCUGCGCUCUGAUUGGCUGAGGCAGGCUGGGGCAAGCCCAUUGCCUCGAUGUAGGAGUCGAACCUGGGGCUGUCUUUCAUUGAGCACGGCAGGUAAACAGGGAGACCAGAAGGAGCAGAAGCAGAGGGAGCAGAGUUGAGGAGUCAAUGUAAAGUGCAGAAAGAAAGGAGUCAGACAAGGGACGAGUGUCACUGGAGCAUGUCGAAUGCCUUCUGGUCCCGACAGGGACCUCGUCCGGAUCUGCCUGUCCCGGCUGGGCUGCCCCUGCAUGCAGGUGAUCUUCCAGAACGUCCUGCCUCACCCAGUUCCCAGACAAGGUGGCUCUCUGUGAAUGAACAUUACUCUGCUUCAGGGCUCACCUGAAAGCCCAUUGGACUCUAGAAAUGCAGUGGCAUGCAGAAAUUGGUACUGUUCAUUAGUAUCACAUUCUAGAGAGUCUAUUUUGAAAAGCUUUUAUUUCAUGGAAUGAUAGCAGAUAUUGAAAUUUCAGCAGAGUGGAUAAAAUAGUAUAUUACGUAUUCAGGAUUUCUUUAUUUUUAAAAUUGCGCACAUUAAUGUAAUGCAUUAUAUAUUUUAAAUAUACGGCGCAAAAGUCAGUCAGAAAAAUGAUGUUUAAAUGAUCUUCCUGUUGGUGUAGAAUUAUGAUAUUAUGUCUGUUAAAAUGUGUCAGUUUAGCCUUUUCAAAAACUCUCAAGUCAAGUCAGUAUUUGCAGCAACUGUCUAAUACAGCGAUUCUCAACCCAUUUGGGUUGCGGCAAGUUCUGAAAGGGUCACAGGUUGGAAAUGUAAGCAUUUUAAAAACCAG